UCGGGCCUAUUUGACGCUGAUACCGCUUUCGAAGCUCACCUUUGUUCAGUUAAAGAGAGCGGUAAAGCCUUCUUCCCUCCUCUCUGUCUCGUAGUAUUCCCAGUAUUCUCAAGCGCUAUGAGUUCUGAUAAGAAGAAGAUUGAUCCCGUGAAGUCCUUCAUCGCCGGUGGUGUAGCCGGUGCAGUGGAAGGUGUGAUCACGUAUCCGUUCGAAUGGUCAAAGACUCGUCUACAACUCAUCGAUAAGAGCUCAACAGCGUCCAGAAACCCACUGGUGCUCAUCUACAACACUGCACGGGCCCAAGGUGUCUCUACGAUCUAUACCGGCUGUCCAGCCUUUGUCGUUGGUAACACGGUGAAGGCAUCAGUCAGAUUCUUAGGGUUCGACUCCAUAAAGAAGCUCCUUGCCGACAAGGAGGGUAAGCUCUCGGGCCCAAGGGGUGUCGUGGCAGGUCUUGGUGCCGGCCUGUUGGAAUCCGUGGUUGCCGUCACGCCAUUCGAAGCUAUCAAGACAGCGUUGAUUGACGAUAAACAAAGCGCCAAACCUCGUUAUCAGGGUAAUUUCGUCACUGGCUCUAUCCGCUGUGUUAAGGACCUGGGUCUCAAGGGCCUGUACGCAGGUGUUGUCCCAGUCUCGUUACGUCAAGCUUCGAACCAGGCCGUCCGUCUGGGUUGUUACAACAAGAUCAAAUCUUCCAUUCAACAGGCAUCGAAUACUCCACCAGAUCAACCUCUCAGUUCUGCAAUGACAUUUCUCGUUGGUGCCUUCUCCGGCAUUGUGACUGUCUAUACCACAAUGCCAAUCGAUACAGUUAAGACAAGAAUGCAGGCCAUUGGUGCAGCAGAGAAGUACUCUUCAACGGUUAACUGCUUCGCAAAGAUCUUCAAAGAAGAAGGUCUCAAGACCUUCUGGAAAGGUGCUACGCCAAGAUUGGGUAGAUUGAUCCUCAGUGGUGGUAUCGUCUUUACAAUCUACGAAAAGGUGUUGGUGAUUCUAAACUGAGUUCUGAGUACUAGAUUAACCAUUUUAAAACACACCGAUCUCCUCUGUAUAUGGAUAGAUUGCCAAGAUUAUAUACAGGAUGAUUCCCUUCAUG